UAUAUGAUAAUACCGUUUUUUGUUAAAUAUAUUUUUGUGAUUUGCUACUAUUUAUAAAAUUUUUAGGAAAAUUACUAAUAUUUAAAAUUUAUUGAAUUUGUUAUAGGAAAAAUAAUAUGCGUGCAUUGACCAUGAGAUGAUAAACUCCGUCAACUUAGUUCUUGCAAUGAAUCCUAGAUGUAGAGACUGAAAUGACCAGAUGAAAAUGCUUGCUUCUGAUAUAUAAAUAUUCUUCGACGAUCGCAAUAAUAAAUUUCAGUGAUUUCAGUGCUGGAUUGAAUGUUAAAUUUUAAUAUCGAAGAAUUCAAUGCUGGAUAUAUAAAAUAAUGGUUUCAAUGAUAGAAAUUACAUGACCAUUGAUAUUUUAAUCACAUGCAUCACGAAGUUGAUGGAAAACAAUUGAGAAAGUAAGAAUAUAAUACAUAUAUUUUUACAGUUGAAAUAUAAUGAUAUUUAAAGAAUCUUAAUGAAUGGAAAAGAUAGGAAAGUUCAUAUAUUUUGACUAUAUAUAUUACAAAAUUUUUUAAAUAAUGUCUUAAAUAAUGAUUUAAAUAAAUUUUUUUUAUGGUGUAGGUUAUUUUAUAUCUUAUGUGCCUUUUUUUGUUCAUCUCAAUCACGUAUAUAUGUCCUAUGACCCAUAUAUAAAAAUUUGUAAAUAAUGCAAAAUUUGGAUACGUUCAUGAAAAUUUAUUGGAACAGAUAUCAGUAAGCGCGCUGCUGCCUAAUAAAUGCCAUGCAGAUACUUCUAUAUCUUCCACAUUAUACCGUUACGAUACACAACGGCGUAUUGCACUUCCUGCUACUUCGGUAAGAAUAUAAAUUGAUCUCAAGAAUCGAAAUAUUGAAACGAUCAUCGAUCGGAUUAUAUCACGCGACAUCGCUUUCUCUGGUUAUCCCGACCUUGCGCCCUCGUCUUUUUCUUUUUUUUUUUUUGUUUCUCCGGAUGUGAAUCAAUCUAUAUUCGCAAUGGUAUGGGCGUACCGGUAAAGGUCACCGGCGACCGGUAUGGGUUUAACGAACGGAUAGGAUAACAGGAUGGACUUGAGAGCAAAUUUUUGCGAAGGCCUGCCUGGAGGUCGAGGAAGUGCCGUGAGAGACCCUGAAAUCCGAUUCUCCGACAUGGGAUACAAGACUCGCGUGAUUCUCAUGAGGACGUUGCCGACAAGAACCGCAGCUAUUGUCAUCGGGAUCCAUCGUCGUCCCCCUUUCCCGUCGGCUCCCCCCUGUCCCCGAUCAUUUUCACGAGCGCCAAAACGCACGCAGCGGGUAAGAUCCAUCGAUCGCAAGAGAAGGUGGAGGAGGAAGAGGAGAAGAGAUCCAUGGCAUAGCGCCGUGGAAGGGACGGUGGAUCCUGGCGGCCUCGACGUGCCAGCUCCGCCUCGAGUGAAAGUGGGAGAUUUUGCUUUCUAUCCGUUUGCGUUCGUCAGUGACAAGCGCGCCGUGAUCGCGGACGAACGUGCAGUUUUUCGCGGCAAUGAUACUUGAUGCGCGCAAUUAACGGCACGGUUGACAGUUCGCAUCUACUGAAGCUGCGAUCCGCCAACGCGACGCCGUGUCGAAUGGGGACCGGUCGGCCGAUCGCGCGAUGAGCUGAGGACCCCGGCUAAGGACCUCCGGUGCAUGCAACUUCAACGGGAACAACAUCGGCGGUGACCUAAAGCCAGGAGAGACAUGUCGAGGAAUCGAAGAGGAGGAGCGGCUUUGCGUGGCCAGAUCCUACUCCUACGCCUGCUGUUGGCCUGCGCGCUCAUCGUCAUCAGUCGCCAAGAGGAAACGGUUCGAUCUUGGGACAAACUCUCACAGUUGAUACCAACAAAUUUGGUCUAUGAAAAACAAGAUCGAAAUGCAUCGCCGUCCGGUAAUGAGGCCGAUGCAUCGGUGGCGCAUUCGCUGGACGAGAACCACGUGAUGGACACAUCGAAAUCAAAGGGGGUAAGCGAUCACGUGGAGGAAGAGGAGAAGGAACCUAAACUAACAUACGACGCCGAAGAAUACGAAGAUGAAAAUAAGCACGAAGAGGAAGAGGUCGAGGAGGAAAAAGAGGAAGGGGAAAGAGAUUCCUCUAAUAUCGAUAAUAGCGCAACGAAGAAAGAAAGAUCUCCGGCGGAAACCAGCAGCAUAUUGAAUACUGAGGCGAGGGACAAUUCUAGGGAUGAAGAUUACCUCGAAGAUCCCCCGACGAAUCAGUACGACAAUACAUAUUAUUAUUACGAUGAGUACGAAAACGGAAAUCAUUCUCGAUAUGAGCCUGCAGACGGAGAAAACCUCGAUUACCCAGACGCAGAAUCCGAAGAAGAAGACAUCACGCCGGAGAAUUUGCCAGAAUCAGCGCUAGAGAAAGAAGACGAAGGUGUCUCGCACGAAUCAUCUACCAACUCAUCAUUAAUCGAAAGAGAAGUUGACGAUACGGUUUCGCCGAUGGAUGCGGAACAAGGCUCGUCCAUGGAGGGCAGCGAUAAAACAUUCGCCGUUCUCAGCUCGUCCGAAGAAAAGUCUAACGACAAUGUCCCCAUCGAGGCGAGUUCCAUUCUGAUAGGCGGUGCUGUGGUAUCCGUAGUGACCACAAAAAGUGUGGUGAACGGCACAAUAUCGGUGCCAACGACGGCCUCACCGACCACCACGGAGCAAGUCGCGCCGCCGUCGCCUUCGUUGGCCGAAACAACGGAACAAUACCUAGAAAUAACCACUGAGGACUCCAGGAUUCUCGCCUCCGUGCAGACUAGCCGCAGCAUAUCGGGUGCGCGCUUUUUACCAUUUCCGGUAAUAGAUCACGUGGAACAGAUAGAGGCGCACAACGAAUCGCCCGAGAGCAAGAAAACGUCUCAGCCUCCGUCCGAAUCUACGGAGAGCAUCAUCGACAAACUCGACUGGGCUCAGUCUAAGCUGUCAAGCGAUCUCUUGCCGGCCGCCAUACUCGGCACCGGUGGUUUCCGGAAUGCCGGCAAUACGUUACAAUUGGACGUGCUGGCUGAGAGAGAUCGCACGACAACUCGCAGGAGUUUUACUACUACAAUCAAAACGCCAGUUAUUAGCAAGUUUGUACCUCGACGUUACAAUGAUAAAAGAUUAGACCACGCUGGCACUACUAGCACGACGAAGCCGCGAUUUGAGACCACGGUCGAUAAUCUCGAAGGUUUGCUACCUCGGAAUUACGUAUCGAGAGGAACUGCACCGAGCACAGGACUUCCCAAGAUAAAUUUCAGGUGGCCUUCCUCAAAACCGGUAACGGCCACGGAAAUAACAGAGACGAAGGCCACGUCGACCACACCACGAACAAAAUCUAAAACCAAUAUUGUCAUUCAAGAUAUUAGCGCAUUCUUACCACCAGGAUACAAAUUGAAAAAAGAAGACACAGCUGUUACAGAAAGUUCACUUUUAAGUGACAUUCUCGCCAAAUCCAAAGUUGACAUUUCAUCUCUCUUACCAACUGACUAUGAUAAGAAGAAGAUCGAAGAAGAAUCCAAGUCGAAGGGUAUUACAAUCACAACGACGACGUCGACGACGUCAACAACAGCGAAGAGUACAAACACUUCCCCGGAAAAGAUUGUCUCUUCUAUUCAAGAUCUCCUUGCAUCUUCCAAAGUCGAUCUCUCCGCCUUGUUACCUAAGGAUUACGAACAAAAGAAAAAGGAUCUUACCUUAGAUAGCAAAACUGGCGAUACAAAUAGCAAACAGAAUGCAACGGUCACAGAACGGAUCGAUUCUGAGUCACCUACCACGAAGAAAGCCGGUGGCUUAAAGAUUGUGUUUCCUAGUAGACCAGGCGGUCGCAAGCCUAUCCACAAAACAACUACUCCACACAUUCCACGUGGAGAUGGUCCAGGCGCGGUGACGCUAAAAAUACAGAAGGGAUGGCCGACUAGAGCUACUACUGAGUUCACCGGAUGGCCAACUCCGUCCACCACGCCGAUCUCCAUCGAGAAAUUGCUGGAAGCUGCACGCACAGCUACGGUAGCGUCGGUGAAUAUGUCACUUAUUCCCAGUACAAACGAGAUCUCAAGCACAUCGUCGACAUCGACAACGACGACGACGACACUGAGACCGACAACUCCCGGUGUAUGCGAUGAUGAAUGCGAGGUCGCCGGCACGGUACGCAUCAUCGGAAACGCAACAUGGGUACCAGAACUGUUCGAUAGGAACACUCGUGAGUGGCAGGAGCUUGCGAAUCAAGUGGAACAAGAGGUGGAUUUUAUAUUUUCAAAGUCCAGUGUUUUAAUGAAUUGGUAUAAAAAUAUAAGGAUCGACUCCUUCAGUCAAGGUAGCAUCCUGGUAGACUACUUUGUCGAAUUAGCCAAUUUACAGCAAAAAGUGAACACGCAGGAGCUGAAAGUGAUUUUCCACGAUUCGCUCAGGACGUACAACGCCAAUCGGUGGAAUGAAACAAAUACGAAGGGUGCAUUAAGGAUGGGAAUCUUUACUAUUGAUCCUAGGUACACCGAUUUCGUAGUGAUACCUAAGGCGAUUACACCACAGUAUAUCGAGAAAGACUAUAAGUUAAUACCUCAGUGGGCCAUCGCCGUGAUAGUGAUAGGCGUCGGAGGUUUAUUAUUCAUUAUCGUGUUUGGUGUAUCUGUGCUUGUCAAUAGACAAAACAGAUCCAAAUUGAAACCGACCAUGUCUACUAUUUACGAUGAAGAGAUAGUUAAACACACGUCGAGUCACAGAUCGAGCGAUUACUCGAAACCGGUACACACAAUAUGGACCGAUCCCGACGUCUCUUGGAACGAUAAGUCUUUCGAGUCGACUUCUAACAAGAUUCUGGUUGAUAAAUCUUUCCAGGACAACAAAAAGUACAAUCUAUACGAUAGUUGGCGAUCCGAAUGGAACGGUUAUUAUUACAACCCUUCGCAUACGAGCAGCAAGUAUGGUUAUGACAGUACCACGAACUUAUCGAGCCGUCACCAUCCCGAUUAUGAUACGAACUUUUAAAUUUGACGGCAAUAAAACUGCAACAUUUUCUAUCAAUACAAA